AUGUCACCGCAACACCAGACGAAGGAGGUCGAGUACUACCGCGCUGCACCCACUGCGCCAGGCAUGACUCUCGAGCGUGUCUCUCCGCCCCGCCGCUCGCCCUCGGAUCCGUCAGCAGCCAUUGCUCCGCUGUCGAUCAGCAAGCGAGUCAAGUCGCCGCCUUCGAAUAUCAUUGUUCCCCCCAAACCACAGAUUGCUCGCCCACCACGCAGUCCCGCCCGCCUCUCUGCCAACCUUGACUCGACCCAACCCCCCAACGCCCGCCCUGCCCCCGGUCCCCCUCCUGCCGGCCCACUGCCCCCCCUGCCACCCCGAGACGACCCCAUAGACCCCCUGCUGCUCCGCGCCGUCGCAGCCAAGGAGCGCCGCAGACAGUCCAAAAACGAGACACAGGACAUUGCCUCGCUCGAGCGCAGUAUGCGGCGAUUGAGUCGGAUCAGUCUCGGCAGUGGUCCGGCAGAACCGACCUCUCCCACCGACUCUCUGACUGUUUCCAGUCCUUCUCUCCGCGCAGAGAAGCUCUUGCGGAGAUUGAGUCGCCAGAGCGAUGGAGUCAGGCUGCCCUCGGACUAUGGUCGAGUUGGAAUCAGCGGAUAUUCUGUCCCCAACUCGGCUCCCGUCUCGCCCGGUUUGCGCGGUGUGCCCCCUCCGCUCAGAGAAGACUCGGAAACACCGCUUGCGCUGUCGGUCCCCAUGCGUCGCGAGGCACCGCCCCCGAACAACAUGCUUGGACUCGGCCUGGGACUAGCAUCCGACUCGUUCACCUCCAUGUCCUCUCUCACAUCGGCCUCGAGUCUCAGUUCGAAUACCAUAUCCACCCUCCCAUCCGAGGCCACCAUCAAGCCCUCCAAAGAGUUUGAAACACGAACCUCCCGUCUCGGCUCGCUUUCCAGCGCAACCACAGCCAGCACAACUUCUCUAAUUACGCCUGUUUCCCCACCCACGACAAAUACCCUUCUUACCCCCAUGUCUCCACCAAAACAGCUCAAGCUCAAAGGCAGCCUUGGUCUCAGCUUGCGCAUCCCCAGUCGGAGUCCCAGUCCUAGUCCCAUUCCUGACCUUCUCAAGGACUAUAGGGACAGUGCUUCGUAUCCACUUGAAGCUGCCUAUCGCGAAUCGAGCAUCUUUCCGCCUUCUUAUCGCGAGUCUGGUGUCUUGCCCCUAUCCACCGACCUGGCGGUCCCACUCGAUCUAGCUCCAGGUCUGCGUCUCCUUCCCCUAUCCAGCCGACGCGACAACGGCCUGGCGCACGCGCUCGUAUUCAUUCAGACCUGGCUCCACCCAGUCCGAGAUCCAGCACCGAGGCCUUUGGAAUCCCAGACGACACCCAGGCCUAACAUCGCUUGCGCCGCUUCCCCCAGCGCUCCUACAUCGCCAGAGCUCAACCGUCCAGCGUCCCCCGAUAUCGCAUAUAUUCUCCGCACGACCCCUCGUCCCACACGAAAACUGAGCAUAGGCUCCGUCGCCUCGUCAUCCACGACCGGUCGACGACUCGCCGGGCCUGCCCCACCGUCCUCGUUCAGGAGGCCCGUGCCCUCGCGUUCGGGUUCGCUCGCGAGCGUCCCGUCCCGGUCGAGUUCGUCGGCCGGAAUGUCCCAUGGUUACGCUGCGACCGCCAGUUCGGCUGGGUUUGAUGUUCAAGGUGCUGGACCCGAGGUGUUUUUUGGAGAACAGUACGAUUCGGAGGAUAGCGACAGCGAUUUGGAUUUGAGUACGCCGUUGCCACAUAUGAUGCUUCGAGCUGGGCUGCUCUCCCCUCGUUCGACUAUUAUCACCGAGGCCAUCGAGUCUGCGCCCGUUGCUACGGUCAAUGGCAAGCUGAGUGCACGGGGGGAAGCCCUCCGUGCAAAGGGCGAAAAGGUCUGGAAAGCCGAGGCGAGGCGUAAAGUCCGCCAUCGAGAUGGCCAGAAUUUACGAGACGGAGUCGGGUUGACGACGGGACUCGGGUGGAGCGACAGCGAGGAUGAAGACGCGCCGUCUCCUCUCCGCCGCCGCCUCUCCUCGGUUCUCCUCGCCAAGACCCAAUCGCGACCGCCCUCGCAGCUGUCCAGACAAUCAUACACCCACAUGCCCCUCUCUCGCCGCUCCACCUACUCCAACCUCGAGAGCUCGAGCGUGUCCAGCGCCUCGAACCCGCGCACGCCCGCGCAUCCGCCCAUGUCCCUCCCGCCGUCGAGCUAUUCGCAUACGCUGCCCCUGACGCCCAGUUCGCUACCGGGCGCAGCAGCCGUGGACGAGUUUGGCAAGCUCGAUUUUCCGAUGCCUCCGACCGCUACCAGCUGGCGCGGACAGCCCAGCCCCGCUCUGCGAAAAGCACCCUCGAGCAGCAUGUUGCGCAGUCCGAGUGCGAAUCCGUACAGUUUGGCUCCGAGCGCGGGCAGUGUGUCCUUGCUCAGGUCACGCACCACCUCGUCGACUUCGUCCCAGAGUGCGUCCCAGGGACAUUCGCCCAAGUCGUCCGUCUCGGCUUCGCGCGUCUCGACCCAGUCCAGGUCGUCGGUCACCUCGCAGCGAAGCAUGAUGCCCGCUCCUCGGUUCAGCGCUCGUCCUCCCGCCGCUGGGACACGUCUCUCUGCACCCGAAGCGUUGCGCCAGUCUCAGUCUUCUCUCGAGACCACACGGCGCCUCUCCGGGUCAUAA